AUGAUGAUUCAGCUGGAACAACAGAUGAGGAUUCAACUGGAGCAGAUGAUGAUUCAGCUGGAACAACAGAUGAGGAUUCAACUGGAGCAGAGGAGGAUUCCACUGGAGCAGAGGAGGAUUCCACUGGAGCAGAGGAGGAUUCCACUGGAGCAGAUGAGGAUUCCACUGGAGCAGAUGAUGAUUCAGCUGGAACAGAGGAGGAUUCAACUGGAGCAGAUGAUGAUUCAACUUCAGAAGAUUCAGCUGGAACAGAUGAGGAUUCAGCUUCAGAAGAUUCAGCUGGAACAGAUGAGGAUUCAACUGGAGCAGAGGAGGAUUCAACUGGAGCAGAGGAGGAUUCAACUGGAGCAGAGGAGGAUUCCACUGGAGCAGAUGAUGAUUCCACUGGAGCAGAUGAUGAUUCAGCUGGAACAACAGAUGAGGAUUCAACUGGAGCAGAGGAGGAUUCCACUGGAGCAGAGGAGGAUUCAACUGGAGCAGAGGAGGAUUCCGCUGGAGCAGAUGAGGAUUCCACUGGAGCAGAUGAUGAUUCAGCUGGAGCAGAGGAUGAUUCCGCUGCAGCAGAGGAUGAUUCUGCUGCAGCAGAUGAUGAUUCUGCUGGAGCAGCAGAUGAGGAUUCAGCUGCAGCAGAUGAUGAUUCAACUUCAGAAGAUUCAGCUGGCGCAGAUGAGGAUUCAACUUCAGAAGAUUCAGCUGGAACAACAGAUGAGGAUUCAACUGGAGCAGAUGAGGAUUCAACUGGAGCAGAUGAUGAUUCAGCUGGAACAACAGAUGAGGACUCAGCUUCAGAAGAUUCAGCUGGAACAGAUGAGGAUUCAACUGGAGCAGAGGAGGAUUCAACUGGAACGACAGAUGAGGAUUACAACUGGAGCAGAUGAGGAUUCCACUGGAGCAGAUGAGGAAUUCCAGCUGGAGCAACAGAUGAGGAUUCAACUGGAGCAGAUGAGGAUUCAACUGGAGCAGAUGAUGAUUCAGCUGGAACAACAGAUGAGGAUUCAACUGGAGCAGAUGAUGAUUCAACUUCAGAAGAUUCCACUGGAGCAGAUGAUGAUUCAGCAGGAACAACAGAUGAGGAUUCAACUGGAGCAGAUGAUGAUUCAACUUCAGAAGAUUCAGCUGGAACAACAGAUGAGGAUUCAACUGGAGCAGAGGAGGAUUCCACUGGAGCAGAUGAUGAUUCAGCUGGAACAACAGAUGAGGAUUCAACUGGAGCAGAUGAUGAUUCAGCUGGAACAACAGAUGAGGAUUCAACUGGAGCAGAGGAGGAUUCCACUGGAGCAGAUGAUGAUUCAGCUGGAACAACAGAUGAGGAUUCAACUGGAGCAGAGGAGGAUUCCACUGGAGCAGAGGAGGAUUCAACUGGAGCAGAGGAGGAUUCCACUGGAGCAGAUGAUGAUUCAGCUGGAACAACAGAUGAGGAUUCAACUGGAGCAGAGGAGGAUUCAACUGGAGCAGAGGAGGAUUCCACUGGAGCAGAUGAUGAUUCAGCUGGAACAACAGAGGAGGAUUCCACUGGAGCAGAUGAUGAUUCAGCUGGAACAACAGAUGAGGAUUCAGCUUCAGAAGAUUCAGCUGGAGCAGAUGAUGAUUCAGCUGGAGCAGAUGAUGAUUCAGCUGGAGCAGAUGAUGAUUCAGCUGGAACAACAGAUGAGGAUUCAACUGGAGCAGAGGAGGAUUCAACUGGAGCAGAGGAGGAUUCAACUGGAGCAGAGGAGGAUUCCACUGGAGCAGAUGAUGAUUCAGCUGGAACAACAGAUGAGGAUUCAACUGGAGCAGAUGAGGAUUCAACUGGAGCAGAUGAGGAUUCAACUGGAGCAGAUGAGGAUUCAACUGGAGCAGAUGAGGAUUCAACUGGAGCAGAUGAGGAUUCAACUGGAGCAGUAA